AUGAUGCCUGAAACUGAGUCAGUAGGGACCGGUUUUCAUUUUUGUGAACGUGAUUUCUUACCAAUAAGAUCUAUAAUAAUAGAACCGAGGCAUGAAAAGCGCACAAACAAAAUAGCAAACUUAAGGUUUAUUAGGGGUUGUUGGAAUUUAUUUGAACAUGGCAGACAUCCUAUUACAGCACCAAAAACCCAUUUUAUGCUGUCAUUAAUGGUUGUGCUCCUGAUGUUACCGACGAUAAGUGAAGCCUCAACAUCAAUAAAAGAUAAUUUAGAAGCACUAAAGACGUACAAAAUUAUUUUGUCAUUGCAAUAUGGUUUAGACAAGGAGAAAAUAACUAAAAUAAAUUGGAUAUUGUGA